AUGGCGUCCACCGCGGCAGGGAAGCAGCGGAUCCCCGAGGUGGCGAAGGUGAAGAACGAAGCUCCUGCUGAGGUGCAGAUCAACGCCGAGCAGCUGCUGAGAGAAGCCAAGGAGAGAGAGUUGGAACUUCUGCUGCCGCCGCCCAAGCAGAAGAUUACCGACAAGGAGGAGCUCAACGACUCCAAGCUGAGGAAGAGGAAGAAUCAUAAAGGAAGACCCAAAAGAUACUGCUGUGUUCAGUGCGAGCAAGUCUUCACCACUUCAUCAAACCUGAAGAUCCAUAAGAAAACUCACACUGGUGAUAAACCAUACAGCUGUGUUCAGUGUGGUGCGGCUUUUUCCCGCCAAAAAUAUCUAAAGCAACACCAACGUAUUCACACUGGAGACAAGCCUUACAGAUGUGAUCAGUGUGGAGCGGCUUUUGCCCAGCAAGGUCAUUUGACGAGUCACCGACGUAUUCACACUGGAGACAAGCCUUACAGAUGCGAUCAGUGUGAGACGGCUUUUGCCCUGCAAGGUUCUCUAACGAGACACCAACGUAUUCACACUGGAGACAAGCCUUACAGGUGUGAUCAGUGUGGAACGGCUUUUGCCGUGCAAGGUGCACUAAUGAGACACCAACGUAUUCACACUGGAGACAAGCCUUACAGAUGCGAUCAGUGUGGAGCGGCUUUUGCCCAUCAAAGUACCCUAACAACUCACCAACGUAUUCACUCUGGAGACAAGCCUUACCUGUGUGAUCAGUGUGGGGAGGCUUUUGCCCUGCAAAGUCAUUUGACGAGACACCAACGUAUUCACACUGGAGACAAGCCUUACAGGUGUGAUCAGUGUGGAGCGGCUUUUGCCGAGCAAGGUGCUCUAACGAGACACCGACGUAUUCACACUGGAGACAAGCCUUACAGAUGUGAUCAGUGUGGAGUCGCUUUUGCCCAGCUAGGUGAUCUAAAGCGACACCAACGUAUUCACUCUGGAGACAAGCCUUACAGAUGUGAUCAGUGUGUAGCGGCUUUUACCCGGCAAGGUCAUUUGACGAGACAUAAACGUAUUCACACUGGAUAAAAAGUGUACAUUUGUGAUCAGUGCUGAUAUCAUUUAUUUUGAGAGUUCAGUUAAAAGGCACCAAUUUAGUUUAGUUAAUUUAGUUUGAAAAAAAUAAUUCUGGUGGUUCAAUUGUGGGAAAGAUUUUGAAUAUCUUUUUUAAAAAGCAGUAGAUUCUGUUAUGAGAGCUGUUCAGUUAUAACCAGAUUUAGAAAAGGAAGUACAACAAUUAAAUUCAAAUGUCUUUAUUUUGAACAUGAUGGUAGUGUAAGUAACAGACAUGCUCGAACAUACUUGAACAAUGAAUACAAGGGAUUUUUUAUUUUGAAGCAGCAGCAGUUUUGACAUGUUCAAAAAGAAGUAAGAAGUAAAAAAACUUAUCCUACCCCUUGAACUCAAUACCAUGUUUUCACAUAGACCCUUGUUAUUAGAUGUCAAAAAUCUUGAUGUAUUGAGAAGUUACACAAAUUAAUAUUAAGAAUUUUACACAGUAUAAACAUAUUGUGGUAUACACGAAUAUACAUUUGUGGAUACCUGGGUGAUGAUUGCCAUUUGCAGGUACAUGUCCCUCUAUAUCAGUGGCCCUCACUCCGUGUCCUCGAGAGCUGCUGUCCUGCAUGUUUUUGAUGUUUCCCUGCUCCAGUAAACCCUGAUACAGAUGACUGUGUCACCAACAGAACUGUGCAGACCUGGAGAAAAGAUUGGUGAUGACCACUAAUUAGAAUCAGGUGUGUUGAUGCAGGGAAACAUCAAAAACAUGCAGGACAGCAGGCCUGGAGGACCAAGAAUGAGGACCACUGCUCUAUAUAAACACUAUUUACCAUGAGUCCCUGUAUUCACCUAUACAUAAAAGCAUACAUUAUUUAGCGUGUAUAUAUAUAUAUAUAUAUAUAUAUAUAUAUAUAUAUAUAUAUAUAUAUAAAAUAAACAGAUACACGCAUUUCCACGUACAUAUACACCCACAAGUCCAGUCCACCAUCCCGUCACCCAGCGCAGAAUGAGGAAGUCAGUCGUCCCGAUCGGCCAGCAUACUCUACCAUGAGUGACAAAAUGUUUUUAUGAGCAUUUUAACUGUGUUGUAUGUUUUACACAAAGGUGAGACAGCCUGAUAGACAUUAGUUUAGUUCUGUUAUUCUGACAGAAAUACAUACGAAAGGUAUGAUUCUGUUAAAUACUGUUUUAAAUUAGCCUUCUCUUCUUUGUAAUAUUU